GUCCCGCCCAGGAAGCUCUCCCGCGGUCCGCGCUCACUUCCGCUGGGCCGGUGGCAGCGGCAGGGGCAGGACAGGAUCUGAGCUGCUGCUGCUGUGGUGCAGCCGGGAGGACAGCUCCGAACCCACCCCAGAGCUCGGCUUGCUGGAGGCCACCAUGACCGACUCCAAGUACUUCACCACCACCAAGAAAGGGGAGAUCUUUGAGCUGAAGGCGGAACUGAACAGUGACAAGAAGGAGAAGAAGAAGGAGGCUGUGAAGAAGGUGAUCGCAUCCAUGACUGUGGGCAAGGAUGUCAGCGCGCUCUUCCCGGACGUGGUGAACUGCAUGCAGACGGACAACCUGGAGCUGAAGAAGCUGGUCUACCUCUACCUGAUGAACUACGCCAAGAGCCAGCCCGACAUGGCCAUCAUGGCAGUGAACACCUUUGUGAAGGACUGUGAGGACCCAAACCCGCUGAUCCGGGCGCUGGCGGUGCGGACCAUGGGCUGCAUCCGUGUGGAUAAGAUAACGGAAUACCUGUGCGAGCCCCUGCGCAAGUGCCUCAAGGACGAGGACCCCUACGUGCGCAAGACGGCCGCGGUCUGCGUGGCCAAGCUGCACGACAUCAAUGCCCAGCUGGUGGAGGACCAGGGCUUCCUGGACACCCUCAAGGACCUCAUCUCCGACUCCAACCCCAUGGUGGUGGCCAAUGCGGUGGCGGCGCUGUCGGAGAUAGCCGAGUCUCACCCCAGCAGCAACCUGCUGGACCUCAACCCGCAGUCCAUCAACAAGCUGCUCACAGCCCUGAACGAGUGCACGGAGUGGGGCCAGAUCUUCAUCCUGGACUGCCUGGCUAACUACAUGCCCAAGGAUGACCGGGAGGCCCAGAGCAUCUGUGAGCGGGUGACACCGCGCCUGUCCCACGCCAACUCGGCCGUGGUGCUGUCGGCUGUGAAGGUGCUGAUGAAGUUCAUGGAGCUGCUCUCCAAGGACCUGGAUUACUAUGGGACGCUGCUCAAGAAGCUGGCCCCGCCGCUGGUCACGCUGCUCUCGGCAGAGCCCGAGCUGCAGUACGUGGCCCUGCGCAACAUCAACCUCAUCGUGCAGAAAAGGCCUGAGAUCCUGAAGCACGAGAUGAAGGUGUUCUUUGUGAAGUACAACGACCCCAUCUAUGUCAAGCUGGAGAAGCUGGAUAUCAUGAUCCGCCUGGCAUCGCAGGCCAAUAUCGCUCAGGUGCUGGCUGAGCUGAAGGAAUACGCCACAGAGGUGGACGUGGACUUCGUGAGGAAGGCAGUGCGAGCCAUCGGCCGCUGCGCCAUCAAGGUGGAGCAAUCGGCCGAGCGCUGUGUGAGCACCCUGCUCGACCUCAUCCAGACCAAGGUGAACUACGUGGUGCAGGAGGCCAUCGUGGUCAUCAAGGACAUCUUCCGCAAGUACCCCAACAAGUACGAGAGCGUCAUUGCCACCCUGUGCGAGAACCUGGACUCCCUGGACGAGCCCGAGGCGCGCGCUGCCAUGAUCUGGAUCGUGGGGGAGUACGCGGAGCGCAUCGACAACGCGGACGAGCUGCUCGAGAGCUUCCUGGAGGGCUUCCAUGAUGAGAGCACCCAGGUGCAGCUGCAGCUGCUCACAGCCAUCGUGAAGCUGUUCCUGAAGAAGCCCACGGAGACCCAGGAGCUGGUGCAGCAGGUGCUGAGCCUGGCCACGCAGGACUCGGACAACCCCGACCUGCGGGACCGCGGCUACAUCUACUGGCGCCUGCUGUCCACUGACCCCGUGGCUGCCAAGGAGGUGGUGCUGGCAGAGAAACCCCUCAUCUCCGAGGAGACCGACCUCAUCGAGCCCACGCUGCUGGACGAGCUCAUCUGCUACAUCGGCACCUUGGCCUCCGUGUACCACAAACCCCCCAGCGCCUUUGUGGAGGGGAGCAGGGGGGUCGUGCACAAGAGCUUGCCCCCGCGAACAGGCUCGAGCGAGAGCGCCGAGAGCCCGGACGCAGCCCCCCCGGGGGUGCAGGCAGGGGAGCAGCCAGCGGUGAUCCCUGCUCAGGGGGACCUCCUGGGGGACCUGCUCAACCUGGACCUGGGGCCGCCGGUCAGCGGCCCCCCCAUUGCCACCUCUGCUGUGCAGAUGGGGGCUGUGGACCUGCUGGGGGGGGGCUUGGACAGCCUGCUGCGGAGCGAUGUGGGAGGCAGCCCUGCUAUCGGUGGCGGCAGCUUCACCCCAGUGCCCAGCACCACAAUGCCCACAAACCUGGGGGCCCCCCUCGGCAGCGGCCUCGGGGACCUCUUUGACCUCACCGGUGGGGUGGGUGCCCUGCCAGGGUCCUACGUGGCACCCAAAGCGGUGUGGCUCCCUGCCAUGAAGGCCAAGGGGCUGGAGAUCUCGGGCACCUUCACUCGCCAGGUGGGCUCCAUCUCCAUGGAACUGGUGCUGACCAACAAGGCCCUGCAGGUCAUGUCCGACUUCGCCAUCCAGUUCAACCGCAAUAGCUUCGGCCUGGCCCCAGCGGCUCCUCUCCAGGUCCACGCUCCCCUCGCCCCCAACCAGUCCGUGGAGAUCUCCCUUCCCCUGAACACGGUCGGCUCCGUCAUGAAGAUGGAUCCAUUGAACAACCUCCAGGUCGCAGUGAAAAACAACAUCGAUGUGUUCUACUUCAGCACCCUGUACCCACUGCACAUCCUCUUUGUGGAGGAUGGGAAGAUGGAGCGCCAGAUGUUCCUGGCCACGUGGAAGGACAUUCCCAACGAGAACGAGGCCCAGUUCCAGAUCAAAGACUGCUCCCUCAAUGCAGAUGCCAUUAGCAGCAAGCUCCAAGGCAGCAACAUCUUCACCAUCGCCAAGAGGAACGUGGAGGGGCAGGACAUGCUCUACCAGUCCCUGAAGCUCACCAAUGGCAUCUGGGUGCUGGCGGAGCUCCGGAUCCAGCCCAGCAACCCCAGCUUCACGUUAUCCCUGAAAUGCCGCGCGCCGGAGGUGUCCCAGUACAUCUACCAAGCCUAUGAGACCAUCCUGAAGAACUGAGGUGCUGCUGCAGCCCCUCGCCCUCCUCUCCUCCCGCUCCCACCCCAGGAAGUGGGGCAGGACCCAUGUGCAUGUCUCAUCCCUCCUUUCCUUCCUGCCAAGGAGCCAGCCCUGGGCACCCUCCCUCCAUCUGCAUUGGGGCUGGGGUGAGCAGAGGAGGGCAGGGGCAUCCCUGCAUCCCUGUGUGAGUGAUGCUGCAUCCUCCUUGCUGAUGUUGUCCCCACUAUGAGCCCCUGGGGGCUGCUGCUCUGCUUCACCCUGUGCCCAUCCACUGCCCACGGUGGGGUCUGGGGGAGGGCUCAGCACCCAUGGGAGAGGGUCUCCUCCUCGUGGGAGCUGCUCCAGCGAUCCCAGAAGGGCUCCAGGCUCUCAAACCUGAGGCUGUGCUUCCAUGUGCAGCACAAGGGCUUUUCCAGCCCCAUCCAGCCCCUCUGUGGGCCUGGGAGGGCUCCAAGCAGCAAUCACACCCCUCCCUCUGCCCCCCAGGCAGCCCCAAGGCUCCCCACUGUCACCCAUGGGUGCUGGUGAGGAUGUGCUGCUCCUU